GUUGGCCGAGGUCGCCGACUUGUGCAUGUGUGUGUGACAGAAGAUUAAAGGUUUUUCCAGCCCUCCACAGGUUGCUUGUGCUGCACAGGGGGAUGUAUAUGAUGUCAAGAAAACGACUGUAAUCACAACAGGGAAGGAAGCGGCACAAUAUUUUUGUGAGUUUUGUCAAGUGACAAGAAGCAGUGGAGCAGCUGUGUCCUUUAGUACACGAUGACAGAAGUGUUGAGCCACGCUUCAAUAAUGGACUCACAGAUGAUGUUCAGACGAGAGUCAGAGCAAAUGUCUUCAGCUGAACCCAAGUCUCCACCUCUGGACCUGAUUGACACGGGGAAGGGGCUGAAAGUCCAGACGGGGACACCCCACCUGGUUAGCCUGGGCAGUGGGAGGCUGAGCGUGGCGGUCACUCUGCUACCACUCAAAGAAGGAGUGACCCGCAUCGGACGAGAUGAUGCUCCCGUUCCUCAAGAUAUUACGAUCCAGGGGCCCGGCAUCGAAGCUGAACACUGUCUUAUCAGCAAUGAAGGAGGAGUGGUGACUCUGGAUCCCUGUGGACAUCUCUGUAGUCUGGACGGAGUACAAGUGACUGUACCAACGCCACUCACACAAGGUUAUUCCCUGUGUCUGGGUAAAUCCUAUUUCUUCCGCUUCAACCAUCCUGAAGAGGCGAGCAGAAUGAAGAGCAUGCUUCCACAAAAGAGUCCUGUAUCUGCUCUCGCUUACAACACAGAUUACCUGAAGUUUAGUAGUGACUAUAGCCAUGCAGUGGUAGGUGGGACCAGCAGUGCGAGAGGCAUGCGAUCAGCCUCCGAACUACGGGAUUUAAUGGACACCCUGCAGCGCAAGAAGAUUGCCUUAGAAAACAGCCUGAGAGCUAAUGGAAAUGCUAACCCGUCCUACUUCAGCGUAACACAGUCUCCUCCCACUACACCGAACGCGACCUCCAGUACAUCCUUGUCAUCUUAUCGGGAACAAGCAAGACGUUUCUAUGGCUCAGACCGUCCACCUUUAUCAACAAAAUCUACUGUCUCGCUUUCCCCUUCCCGACGUUCUGAUCCUUCUUCAUCUCUGGCCCACCGCAGCCCCGCCGGCCUCAAUGAUAGCCGCUGGCUGAACAGCUCAGACUCCUCUUCGUUACUGUCCACAUGGAGUGGUGGGGGCUCAUCAGCAUCUAUUGCCAGUUGCGACAGGUUCCUCGUCUCUACUCCUUCUUCAUCCUGUUCCUCAUCCUGCAGCCCAUCAACAGGGGGUCCAGCCAGCAUGCCCUCCAGUCCACGGCUUGGACGACGUAACUAUGGAAACCAAGAGCCUUCACCCAGUAAUCGAACCAGGAAAUACUCAGCAGGUUCGCUGAGUGGGCUGAUGGGAGGUGGGCACAGCCGCUCGCUGCCACGUCUUUGUUCCUCACCGUCUCCCCGUGACAACAACAAUACAUUGGUGACCUUGUCAAAGUUGCCCCCUCAACGGUCUGGUAUUACUGGCAGUUAUAAAUUCAACAAAGAUCUUUGCAACAACAAUAGCAGCUGCAGCCAAAACUCCAGCACUGACCUCAACCACAACUCUACUAACACAAGCCAGCAAGUCUUCACCAGGAAUCAAGCCCAGACCUCAAGUCAGGGAGAUGGUGUUGUGUCCAUCUCUCUUUCUUCCCCUAAAAUACUUUCCAGUACCAGCUUGUCCACAUCCGCCCCACCUGAUGUGACCAUCCCAUCCAGAGCAGGGGGCUCCUCUUCUCCUCGUAUUGCCAAAAAGCUCAGCCUUACCUCCACAAGCUCAGUAGGUUCUGUCAGCUCCACAAGUUCUAGUCCACCAGAAACAAAAAGGGUAGUGAACCAUGCAGAUGUGCCAAGUGUGGAAAUGUCUUUGAGUGACAGAGACUCUGAGAGGCAUGGAGCAGGUUUAGAGCUGACCCUAGGAGUUGGACUUGGAGAGAGAAAGGCCUCCUUUGGGAAAAGUGGCCUGGAGUCUGGGGUGGGGUUGGGUGAGAGGAGACAGUCGUUUGGAAAAGCAGGAGUAAUGCCACCAGGAGGGUUCAGGGAAAGAAGGGGGAGUAUCAGCUCUCUAAGCGGGAAGGAGGAACUGAGCGACUACCACCAACGCCAGAGAGAUGAGAGGCUCCGUGAGCAGGAGGUGGAAAGACUGGAGCGUCAGCGGCUGGAGACCAUCUUGUCUUUGUGUUCAGAGCUUGGUCGGACUGAGAGGGACGGAGAUGGCACGACUACAAGCCCUGCUGCUGCUGUGGCCGACCUCCAAAAGAUCAACCGGGAGCUUGAGAAGCUUCAGUUGAACGAUGACAACGACGACGAUGCGCCAGAGUCUGUCUUUUCGGAUUCUUCCUUCAUUAAUGGAAAUGCAGCGAUUGGACACAUCGCCUUUGCUGGAUCAGAAAAUGGGUUCUACGAUGAUGACUUAUAUCAGAGACAAAGCAGCAGUCAUCGAGAAAUCAGAGCAGAAUCGCCAGCUGUUAGCCUGAGAAGCUCCGGUCUCUCACCUUCUCCGCGUCCACCGAGGACCACUGAGAUUCUAGAUGAUGCGGCUUGUCGACGGGUCCAGGAAAUGAGUCCUUCGGAGCAGGACGUGAGGCGCGUGGAAGAGGAGAGGAUCCAGGUGCUGAACAACAUGGAGGAGCUGGAGCAAAAAAUCAAAGAGCUGGACAACCAGAUGGAGGAAUCGUCCCGCGAGGUGGAGGUUGAGCGAGCUCUAGUGGAGGCUGAGCAGGAGUCGGAGGUUGCGGCCCUCCAGCAGGAAAAAGAUGCUUUGGAAACGCUUCACAACAGAAUGGCUGACCUAGAGACAAAAUCCCAGCAGGAAAAAGAAAAGGCGUGUGAGUUGCUGCAGGCAGAAAGGGGCAGAGUAGAGAGGUUGGCUCAGAUUGUGUGUGAGCAACGCUCCCAGCUGGACAGCUGCCCUGAGGCCACCAAGGAGCCCCUGCAGGAGCAGCUAGCCAGGGACUGUGAGGUGCUGGAGGCGGAGACAAAGCGAUUUGAGGACCUUGAGUUCCAGCAGCUGGAGAAGGAAAGCAGGCAGGAUGAAGAGAAGGAGAAUCAUAGUCAGCAGCUCCUCCGGGAGAUCGCAGACUACCAGCGCAGCAUUGUCACUCGCAAGGAACGGCUGUUGACUUUUAAGAAGCAGGCGGCACAGAUUACCCAGCAGGCUCAGCGAGAGAAGGAGAGCUUCCUAAAGGAAAGGAACAACCUUGAAGCGAUGCUGCAAAGGGAGAAGGAAAACCUGAACGCGCUGGAGAGAAAGCACUCUGACCUCACUGGUGGGCGGGGUUUCACUCUAAGAGAGGGUUAUAUCACAGUCAGUGAAAUCAGUGAGAUUUACUCUAAACGCGGCCUGGCCUCCGCGCAGCUCAAUGCCUCUCCUGAUUCCGAGGCAAGCGUCUCCCCCGACGACAGCACCCCGAAACCAGCGGAGGAUGAGCAUUUUCGUUUGUUGGAGGAAAGGAAGAGGUCUGAGAAAGAAGGCAGGUCCCUCUUAAAUGAAACAAUACCGAGGAAGAAAGCCACGCCCACCAGUACCCCCCAGUUCACCUGUUCAACACUUGGACGCAGCUUCCCUCCAAAGUCUCAUCCUCCUCUGGUGCAGAGCACAAGUUGUGGCAGUAUUCUCCCCAGAAUUCUCUCCUUAUCCAACAAGGAAACUGAAUCUCGACGUCUGCAUAAAGGUCAGCCUGGCUCACGAGCAGCUUCACAGACAAACGUCUACCUCGAUGCCUUUGGGUACCGUGACAACCAGGCCUUUGACACGAUGAGCAUGGAUAGUACUGACUCCAUAGAAACCAGCAUCUCUGCUUGCUCGCCCGACAAUGUUUCCAGUGCCAGUACGUCAAAUAUGGCCAAGUUGGAAGAGAUGGAGCGUCUGCUGAGAGAAGCUCAGGCAGAGAAGAACCGUCUCCUCGAAUACAAGGAGCGGGAGAUGGAGGUACGAAAGCAGGCAUUGGAGGAGGAGAGGAGGAGGAGGGAGGAGCUGGAGAAAAGGCUACAGGAGGAGACGAGCAGGCGGCAGAAACUGAUCGACCGCGAGGUGAAGCUACGAGAGAAACAACGAGCACAGUCACGGCCGCUGACUCGCUACCUGCCGGUGCGAAAGGACGAUUUCGACUUGCGAGCUCACAUCGAGUCGGCGGGUCACAGUGCCGACACCUGCUUCCACUUGUCCAUCUCGGAAAAGACCUGCCGAGGCUACCUGGUCAAGAUGGGAGGGAAGAUUAAAACCUGGAAGAAACGCUGGUUUGUGUUUGACCGCAACCGACGCACGCUGUCCUACUAUGCAGACAAACAUGAAGCCAAACUAAAAGGAGUCAUUUAUUUCCAAGCCAUUGAAGAAGUGUAUUAUGACCACUUGAAGAAUGCACAUAAGAGUCCGAACCCAUCCUUAACCUUCAGUGUUAAGACUCACGAUAGAGUCUACUACAUGGUGGCGCCGUCUCCCGAGGCCAUGAGGAUCUGGAUGGAUGUGAUCGUCACAGGUGCAGAGGGUUACACCCAGUUCAUGGUGUAGCGAUCACUCUCCAUUCCUCGUCUUCUUUACAGGCCAACUUUUUUUUAAUUUGCAUUGUAAAACUGUCUCUCUUUUAUUUUAAUGGAUUGAGGAACAAAAUUACUUGAGAUAAUGUCAACAUUGUGAAUACAUUAAGUCAACAUUGCCAGCGUUUUAGCCAUUUUAAUCCAAUUUUUUUUUUUGGCAAAAGUUUUGGAAUCACUACAUGCAGGUGUUCACCCAGCAUUGUUACUUUGAAGUAAAUAAACCAGUCACAGAUAUUACACAAGUUUUGUUCUGUAACUACAAAUUCUGGCUUCGUGUGACAACAUCUGGAUGAACAUCCUCCAUGUGUGGUGAUGACAUUUAUUUUUUUUCCUCCCAAGUUUAUAGCAAGCAAAGGUGUUGCCCGUUGCCUUGUUCCCCCUCCUGAAUUUUCUCUUUCCGAUGUCUUCUAAUAAAACUUUAAAGUUAAUAGUUUGAGAUUUUUUACUUUGCAUAUUGUCUCAAUGCAAGGAUUUUCUUAUCCCACAGACUAGAAAUUAAAAAAGCCGUCAUCAGUCUGAAGACGAUUUUAGGAAACGAGUCAUUUGAAGAACUUGGAUUAGAGGUUAGAUAGAACUUUAUUAAUCCCUUGGGAAGACUCCCUCCAAGAAACUGAGUUUCCAGCAGCAUGGGACAGUAGUGCACAGGGUAAGAAACACACAGAGUAUCAAAAGCAGAAGUAAGAAACAAUUUGCAAAAAGAAAAUAUACAAAUACCAGAACUACUGCCUACAACUGCUCCUCUCCUUCCCGUCCUCUGUCUUCCUGUUACUCCUCCUUCCCCCGAGUAAGGAGUUGUACUUAAAAGAAAUGUGAGCUUUAUUUAUUUUGUCAUCAUCAAAUAAUUAACAGAUAAGUCAAUAAUUUAUCUGAUUAGCCUUGCAGUGUAUCCAGUCGUAAAUGGAGCUGUUGUAAACAUCUUGAAGAUUUCUGGUCCAUUUCUGGACAAGAAAUGAUGUUCAGUGUUUCUGAAUUGUGCUGUGGUUUUCCACUGUGCCUUUGACAAAUUACAUUUUGAACACGUUUACUUUACAAUACACACGUGAUUUUAUUAGGAUGAUGUUUCCGUGAAGCUGUACAUCACAUGAUGACUGUGCAGCUCUUUUUUCUUCAUUUUUUAUGUGACAGUAACACUGCUGAGUCAAAGUAGCUCAUGCGUCAGCAUUACUAGGCAAGUGAAUUACAGGCUUGAUAUUUCACACAUGCAGUGGUUGCAAAAAUGAGUUUUUGUUUUUUAUACUUAAAAAAAUUUAAUAAUUGCUUGAAAAAGUAAUUGGUGGGACGUUCUAAAUUAAUUAGUUGCUUUAUAAAGGAUUUGGUGUUUAAAAUGCUCAAAUUACAAAUUUUGAAACACUUAAAUGAAACAAUAAUAAACAACAAAGACUCAGUUUUUCUAGUAGGCAAUGGGACCCUUUUCUCAUAAAUAAGCUUGUGUUCUAUGUGCUGAUGAUAUUUUUGUGAGAAAUGCCAGCAGCAAUCACAUUUCCAUGAUGAUGUUUAUGAUCUUGAGGCUAUUUUUGGUUUUGAGACCAUUUAAAGUAUUUGUAGAAUAAAUAAUGUGUGCUGUUUGGUAAAACAUUUUUCAAAAAACUUUUUUUCAUUCGUCUUUGUCAUUUCAUGGUUACACCCUCAGGUCUUAACUGUGUGCAUGUCAUGCAUGAAGCAUGCAUUUAAAUAAGUGCCUAUUUUGUACACGAUAUUUUCAAAUUCUUCAUUUACUGUGACAUCACACAAAAAAAGUAGCUUUAAGGUGCUGUUUUUACACUGAUAUUCCAAAUAGCACCCUUGGUUGAAGUGUUAAAUUUUUGUGACGUGAUGCUAACAUUUCAAAAUAAAUUAAUCAUGAUGUGGUGAUAAUUAGUGAUGAAAUGGAUUACGAUGCUUCCAUUGUGGUCAUCAGUGUGAGGUGACUUCUUCGUUUCUAGUGGAAUUCUUACUCAAAUGUGUGUAAAUUUUCAACAUGACUUUGUUCCUUUAAUUUCUCUUACAAAAUUUUGAUGUGCAUAUUAUCAACUAUUUUUCCAGAUGUAGAUGUAUCUAUAUGUAUUCAAUGCCAAAUGGCCUGUGCAGAGGAAAAUGUGCAAAAUUAUUUUUUAAAACACCUUUUACGGGAUUAAGUUAAAAACAACAAAAGCAUAUAUUUCCGUGGUACAUUUCACACACAAAUAAGUCGCAGUCAUCAUGAAUGAGGAUUAUUCUGCGACUUUGGUCCAUUUGUUUUCAGUGUUGCUUUUACUGCGACUUUUUUAAUGCUAGUUUUUUUUUUCCACAUUGAUCAUUAAAGCUGCUUUUACUGUAUAAUAUAUAUUAUACACCAUACUGAGCUCUGGCGUUCUCAUUAAUUGCACCAGUGUUAUAUGAUGUAUAUGUGAUAUAUCUGACUCAUCUCUAUCCAAAUGCUGAUAUUGUACACGAGAACAAAAUGAUAUCAGUGUUGUCCGGCAUCACAGAAACCCUUCAAUGAACUUUAUUAUAAUUAUAUAUAUGUAUAUGUUAUUGUUUUUGUGACUUUACUUAUUUUUAUGUUGAUCUGACUGUAUUUAUACCAUUACCAAUGCAUGUAUGUACCUUAAUUUUGUAUCUACAUAUGGCAAUAAAAUGAUAUUCUUA